AUGAUAGUGACCAUUUUGUUUUUGGUCAUUGUGCAGUAUAAACUACGAAGAGUGUGGUGGGAUCAAAGCAAAGAGGCGAAAGAAGCCUACACAAACCAAGUGGUGGCUUAUGUGAAUAACCUCGACACUGAUGAAGACCUUGCGUUUUUGAAGAGAUGCGGUUGGGAAGUGCCACGGGAGAUAUCUAUUCCCUACAAAAUCUUCACAUUUUUUGUGAAGAAGGGGGUUGAAUUUAACCUCACUGCGGCUCAUAUGGUGGUUAUCGCCCAGAAUGCUCACAGGAGUCCAGCUUUCAACCUCCUUAACAUGCUAGCUGAUCAGAGACUAGAAGAUGAUAUCUUUGUUCAGAAAUCACACGAGAAGAUUGAAGCCCGACUCAGACAAUAUUCUGAGAGGUUCCUUUGA